AUGAAUGCUUGUUUCACUUGUGGGGAAGUUGGACACUUGGCGAGGAAUUGCCCAAAAGAAUUUGCUCGGAAUCCAGUGCGAACCCAGCAACAAGGCCGAGUGUUUGCCAUGACUGCUGGUGAUGCUAUGCAACCAGACGCCCUGAUCCAAGGUCAGUGUUAUGUCAAAAAUCGAUUUCUAACUGUACUGUAUGACUCGGGUGUAUCACAUUCCUUUAUUUCUUUAACUGUUGCUCGUGAGUUAGGACUAGAUUUUUUUGAGUUGAACUUUGAUCUAAUUGUCCAUACGCCUGCAUCUCAAAAUGUUUUGACUGAAGUUAUUCUAGGAUUAGAUUUGUUGUCUAAGUAUCAUGUUUUCCUUGAUUUCCUUGAAAGAAUAGCUGUUAUUCCGUCUGAUAGUUUAGAUAUUAAACCAUUUCUGUCUCAUACUUUAUAUCUGAAUUCCGUAAGAGUUACCUUAGAUGGGAGUGAUUGUGAGGGGUACGUUCUGUUAGCGGCUAGCUCGAAUGACAACAGUAUUGAACUAGUACCUGGAACCGGACCAAUUUCCAUAGCACCGUACCGGAUGUCACCACUGGAACGUGCAGAGUUGAGGAAGCAGUUGGAUGAGCUACUUGGAACGAAAUUUAUUUGUCCCAGUGCAUCACCUUGGGGAGCUCCAAUUCGAGUAAAAGAAUCAGAUAUACCGAAGACUGCAUUUAGAACUCGAUAUGGUCACUAUGAGUAUACGGUUAUGUCGUUUGGACUAACUAAUGCUCCUGCGAUUUUCAUGGAUUACAUGAAUCGUAUUUUUCGUCCGUACCUUGAUCGGUUCGUAGUAGUUUUCAUAGAUGAUAUUCUCAUCUAUUCGAGACAGAAAGAGAGCAUGAAGAGUAUCUAA